AUGACCGAGAAACGUGCUGAAAUCAAAAGCAAAAUCGCUGAACUUCUUGUCAAGACCGGAGAACGAGAACGUUUACGUGAAUUUGUGGAAAACCGUCUAGUUGAGACCGGCUGGAACGAUAAGGUCAAGCAAGCAUGCAAAGAAUACAUACGUACGAAAGGAGUAGACAAUAUUACAGUGGAAGAAGUUGUACAGGCAAUCACCCCGUCGGCCAGACAAACUGUCCCAGUCGAAGUGCGUCAAGACGUGUUGGAACAGUUACGCAAAUUCCUUGUUCAACACGAUAUUGAUGUGUGA